AUGUUUAAAUAUAAAAGGCAGACAAUACAACUUAAUGCAAAUAAUAAAUAAUAUAUCAAAAAAAAUUUUAUCAAAGAAAAAUAAAUAAAAGAAAAUUUAUUUAAAAAAAAGGAGGUAUUAAAAAUCUAUAAUAAAUAAAAAAAAAACAAAAAAAAUAAGAAAGAAACAAAAAAAGAAGUAAACAUAAUUAGUGACUAGAAAAGUUCAGAUUAGUUUUAAAGAUAAAAAGAUAUAACAACAACAUAAAUACGUACAUUAAUAGAUAAAGAAGAAGAGCAAAAUUAUGAGUAGACUCCAUCCGUUAACUGCUUAACCUAAGCAGAUAGGAAAUAAAAAUUAGAAAGUCAAAAUUUACUAUCUCACUAGAUAAGAAUAAUGGGUAGAUCUAGGCGUGGGAAGCUUGUAUCAAAUUCGUGA